AUGUGGAUGCAGACGUGGAUGGACCCUCGAUACCUGUGGCCAAACCUUGCCCCUCACUCCUGGCACCUGCUGAUUUGGGAACCCUCCCUGGGUGGAGUGGGCACACUCACCCAGCGCACGGGCUGCAACAAAGCUUCCCUUGGUGGAGUGGGCACACUCACCCAGAGCACGGGCUGCAACAAAGCUUCCCUUGGUGGAGGGGGCACACUCACCCAGAGCACGGGCUGCAACAAAGCUUCCCUUGGUGGAGGGGGCACACUCACCCAGAGCACAGGCUGCAACAAAGCUUCCCUUGGUGGAGGGGGCACACUCACCCAGCGCACGGGCUGCAACAAAGCUUCCCUUGGUGGAGGGGGCACACUCACCCAGAGCACGGGCUGCAUCAAAGCUUCCCUUGGUGGAGGGGGCACACUCACCCAGAGCAUGGGCUGCAACAAAGCUUCCCUUGGUGGAGGGGGCACACUCACCCAGAGCACGGGCUGCAACAAAGCUUCCCUUGGUGGAGGGGGCACACUCACCCAGCGCACGGGCUGCAACAAAGCUUCCCUUGGUGGAGGGGGCACACUCACCCAGAGCACGGGCUGCAACAAAGCUUCCCUUGGUGGAGGGGGCACACUCACCCAGAGCACGGGCUGCAACAAAGCUUCCCUUGGUGGAGGGGGCAAACUCACCCAGAGCACGGGCUGCAACAAAGCUUCCCUUGGUGGAGGGGGCACACUCACCCAGAGCACGGGCUGCAUCAAAGCUUCCCUUGGUGGAGGGGGCACACUCAUCCAGAGCACGGGCUGCAACAAAGCUUCCCUUGGUGGAGGGGGCACACUCACCCAGAGCACGGGCUGCAACAAAGCUUCCCUUGGUGGAGGGGGCACACUCACCCACGGGUGGGGGGAAGAGGUGAAGACACUUGCCAGCCACUCCCUGCUAUCUGAGUAA